AUGACCAGCACCGCACAAAUCCUGUCUCACUCUGAAAACGUCAAGGUCUUCGGCCGGGCGGCGUACCUCCAUCAUGUCGACCCCGAGAUCCGGCUGUACUACGUCGAGUCAUUCCCUUCGGACCGGCAGAAGAAGACCAAGGGCACGAUUCUCCUAGUACACGGGUUUCCCCAGACAUCGUACCAAUUCCGGCACGUCAUGGCGCCUCUCGCCGAAGCGGGAUAUCAUGUCAUCGCGCCUGAUCUCCUCGGCCACGGCUUCAGCAGCAAACCGAUCGGAAACAUCAACCAACAAGACCCGUUCACCGCGCGGUCUCUAGCGAAAGACCUCUAUCAGCUCGUCACGGAACACAUCGGUGUGAAAGAUAAGAUCCACCUCGUCGGCUAUGACAUCGGCGGCAUCAUCACGCACCCGUACGUAUGCCAGUUCCCCGACAGCGUGGCCAGCGUGACCUGGGGCGAGAACCUGCUCCCAGGCUCCAAGUUCUACGACAUGUACAAGCACACGCGCAAGAUGUGGCACUUUGAUUUCCACAGCCACAACACGGAGCUGGCCGUCGCGCUGGUCUCGGGCAAGGAGCGGCUGUACGUCAAGUACUUCUUCGACCGGCAGAUGCAGAACCAGACCGUCUUCCCGCCCGAGGUCGUCGACUUUUACGCGCAGCAGUACGCGGCGCCGGACUCGCUGCGCUGCGCCUUCCUGGUCUACCGCGCCUUCGAGGCCGACGCGGCGGACAACCUCAAGUGGCGGCAGGAGGCCGGCAAGGUCAAGGUCAAGAACAUGAUGUUGUCCGGCGAGAGGAGCUUUCACGCCGACGAGGCCGUCGAGAUGGCGCGCGAGUUCUACGAGGAUGUCCAGAUCGGUACCGUGCCCGAGGCGGGGCAUUAUCUCGCAGAGGAGAAUCCAGAGGGGUUUGUGGAUGAGCUCUUGAAGUUUAUCGAGUCAUGA